AUGGAGCUGGAGCACUUCGAUGAGCGGGACAAGGCUCUGAGGUACACCCGGAGGGGCUCGAGAGGGAACGGGCUCCCCAGUCCCACGCACAGCGCCCACUGCAGCCUCUACAGAACCAAGACCCUGCAGAAACUUAGCUCGGAGAAGAAGGCCAAGAAGAUCCGCUUCUACCGCAACGGGGACCGCUACUUCAACGGGAUUGUUUACGCCAUUUCUCAGGACAGAUUCAGGUCCAUGGACGCUCUGCUGGCCGACCUCACGAGGGCUCUGUCCGACAACGUCAACCUGCCCCAAGGGGUGAGGACCAUAUACACCAUCGAUGGGGUGACGAAGAUCACCAGCAUGGACCAGCUGGUGGAAGGAGAGAGCUAUGUGUGUGCGUCCAUAGAGCCCUACAAGACGCUGGACUACACCAGGAAUGUAAACCCCAACUGGUCGGUUGGUGCUAGGACUGCCGGGGUCGUCCGGGACCCUUCUUCCCUGGGGAGCACCAAGGCGGGAAGCCCAGAAACCAGAGAGAGCAAGGACUUCAUACGGCCCAAGCUGGUCACCAUCGUCCGCAGUGGAGUGAAGCCUCGCAAGGCCAUACGGGUCCUUCUGAACAAGAAGACCGCACACUCCUUCGAGCAGGUCAUGACCGACAUCACAGACGCCGUCAUGAUGGAGUCUGGAGUCGUCAAGAGGCUGUUUACUGUGGACGGCAAGAUGGUGACCUGUCUUCAGGACUUCUUCGGGGACGAUGAUAUAUUCUUUGCUUGUGGCCCCGAGAAGUUCCGUUACCAGGAUGACUUCAACCUGGAUGAAGGUGAAUGCCGGGUUGCAAAGUCGAUAUCAUACGGGCGGCUCCCGUCCAUUACGGGUCGCAUCUCCCCAAAAAGUGGGGGGUGGUCCCUCAGGAGCAAGUCUCCCUCAUCCACUGGUUCAGCUAACGGCACUGGAGGAAGUCAGUUCUCCACUCCCCGGUCUGGAAAGUCUUCCAGCCCCUCUCCGACCAGUCCAGCCAGUCUCCGAAGACGACGGGGAUCUCAACACAGCGGCUCCUCGCUCUCUCUAGCUUCCACUAAGGUCUGCAGCUCGAUGGAUGAAGGAGACGGGCUCGGCAGUGAAGCUGAGCCAAUGGAGGACAACUCUUUAGUCCCGGCCUCCAUCACAGAGAGGUACAAAGUGGGCAGGACUUUAGGGGACGGGAACUUUGCUGUGGUGCGGGAGUGUGUGGAGAAAUCCACCGGGAGACAGUUCGCCCUGAAGAUCAUCAGCAAAGAUAAAUGCAAGGGAAAGGAGCACAUGAUCCAGAGCGAGGUGUCGAUCCUUCGACGUGUGAAACAUCCCAACAUCGUACUUUUAAUUGAAGAAAUGGACACACAGAGCGAACUCUAUCUGGUGAUGGAGCUGGUGAAGGGGGGCGAUCUGUUUGAUGCCAUCACCUCCUCUAACAGAUACACGGAGCGAGAUGCCAGCUGCAUGUUGUUCAACCUGGCCAGUGCCAUCAAGUACCUGCACGGCCUCAACAUCGUGCACAGAGACAUCAAACCUGAAAACCUGUUGGUCUACGAGCACGUCGAUGGCAGUAAAUCUCUGAAGCUCGGGGACUUCGGUUUGGCCACCAUCGUGAACGGGCCCCUCUACACUGUGUGUGGCACCCCCACCUACGUAGCUCCAGAGAUUGUGGCUGAGACGGGAUAUGGGCUCAAGAUCGACAUCUGGGCCGCCGGGGUCAUCACGUACAUUCUGCUGUGUGGAUUUCCUCCUUUCCGUGGAGGUGAUAAAGAUCAGGAGGAUCUGUUCGAGCACAUUCUGAGCGGCCAGCUGGAUUUCCCUUCAGCGUACUGGGACAAUGUUUCCGACCCGGCCAAGACUCUGAUCAACGGGAUGCUGCAGGUGGAGGCGGAGCUGAGAUACACGGCGGCGCAGGUGCUGGAUCACCCCUGGGUCAAUGACGAGGGGGCAUCAGAGAAUGAUCAUCAGCUGCCGGUGGCUGGAAAGAUCAAGAAGCACUUCAACACUGGGCCGAAGCUCCACAGCACCACAGCAGGAGUCUCAGUCAUCACAACCACGCCACUUGAUAAGGAGAAGCAAGUGUUCAGACGAAGAUGCCACCAGGAUGUGAAGUCCCCUCCCAACUUCCCACACAGCCUGGGCGCCUCCCGCGGCCUCUCCCCCGUCGACCUCACCUCAGAGUCUGAAGACUUGUCCCCGUGCUCAGCCGGCACCGUCCGGUCCCCCGUCUCUCCGUUCUGA